AGGAGUCAAGAUGGCUGAAGGAGAGCCGCCUUACCUCACACACGUAACAACCGCUCCAGAGCGGAAGUGGGCUGAGGGAGGUCAUCGUGGCUGCGGAAGGGAAGCGCCUGCCUCGAGAUGGCUGCCGGGCCGAUCUCCGAGAGGAACCAAGAUGCCACCGUGUAUGUUGGAGGUCUGGACGAAAAGGUCAGCGAACCUCUCCUGUGGGAGCUCUUCCUCCAGGCAGGCCCGGUUGUUAACACUCACAUGCCCAAAGACAGAGUCACUGGCCAGCAUCAAGGCUAUGGAUUUGUGGAGUUCCUCAGCGAGGAGGAUGCCGACUAUGCCAUCAAAAUCAUGAACAUGAUCAAGCUCUACGGGAAGCCGAUCCGGGUCAACAAGGCCUCAGCCCACAACAAGAACCUGGAUGUGGGUGCCAACAUCUUUAUUGGCAACCUGGACCCCGAGAUUGACGAGAAGCUGCUGUACGAUACGUUCAGCGCCUUUGGGGUCAUCCUGCAGACCCCCAAAAUCAUGCGUGACCCUGACACCGGCAACUCCAAGGGAUACGCCUUCAUCAACUUUGCCAGCUUUGAUGCAUCCGAUGCUGCGAUCGAGGCCAUGAACGGACAGUACCUGUGCAACCGCCCCAUCACCGUCUCCUACGCCUUCAAGAAGGAUUCCAAGGGCGAGAGGCACGGCUCGGCUGCGGAGCGCCUCUUGGCUGCACAGAACCCCCUCUCACAGGCCGACCGGCCUCAUCAGCUCUUUGCAGACGCUCCUCCUCCACCUUCAGUGCCCACUCCAGUUGUUACAACCUUGGGGCCAGGAGUUACCCCGCCAGGCAUCCCCCCGCCAGGAUCGUUCCCGCCACCAGUCCCACCGCCAGGAGCCAUGCCCCCGGGGAUGCCUCCAGCGAUGCCUCCGCCACCCAUGCCGCCAGGUGCUGGGGCUCCAGGACCCCCUUCGGGAGGGGCUCCUGGUGCGGCACACCCUCCUCACCCACACCCUUUCCCACCCAGCGGGAUGCAUCCAGGAAUGCCGCAAAUGCAGGUCCAUCAUGGCAUGCCUGGCAUGGGUCCGCAUCACCCAGGGCCACCGGGAGCAGGGGGCCAGCCGCCCCCCCGCCCUCCUCCGGGCAUGCCCCACCCUGGGCCGCCACCCAUGGGCAUGCCUCCCCGGGGGCCCCACUUCGGCUCACCGAUGGGUCACCCUGGUCCCAUGCCGCCCCAUGGGAUGCGAGGGCCUCCGCCCCUGAUGCCGCCCCACGGAUACAACGGCCCCCCACGGCCACCUCCCUACGGCUACCAGCGAAUCCCCCUUCCGCCCCGCCCCGCCCAGAGACCCAUGGUGCCUCCGCGGGGGCCCAUGCGGGGGCCCCUGCCCCCAUAAGCAGCGGCACGUCCCAGGCCAGCUUAAAUGCAGAACUUCUGACCAUGGACCCCUCCAGGCUGUUCUUUUCUGUUUCUGUUUGGACAUACAUUCCAGCGAGUCGUGUCUCACUUCCUUGUGUGAAAAGCUCUGCCGGCUCCUGCAGCAGCAUCAAGGUUUUGCUCAUCUUGAUUCUUUUUAAGCUUUCCAUUGCCUCUAAAAUGGUAUUCUGGUCCCACAAUUCAGUUUUUAAAAUAUACCUCUUUGUUAAGCCCAGUUUUGAAAUGCAGUUUGCAAAUAAAAGUUUGCAGAGAUUCUCCUUGGAA